AUGAUGCACAACUCGCCAUUAUUUAAUGGCAAGAGGAACGACUUCUUUGCAGGUAAUUCCAGUUUGAACUCAAUAUUCAAUGGAUACCAGGGCAUCCAGAAGAGCAGGUCAUACAGUCCAUCCUACUCCACCAACUUUAAUGUUAAGCCACAAUCACCAAACUUAAAUGGAAACAACAACAACAAUAAUAACAACAACAAUUAUAAUCCAAACAACAAUAACAACAAUAAUAAUAAUAACAAUUAUAAUCCAAAUAACAACACUCCAAACAACAACAACAAUAAUAAUAAUGGAGGAGGUGGUGGACUCACCAACUCAGUCAGCUUUGGUGGAUUCGAUUACCAGAGUCCCAAGUUCCUCAGUUCACCAACCAAUAUGAAUGGUAGUGUUAGUAAUGCAAAUGCCAACAACAAUAUGAUGAUGAUCAAUAAUGGAAAUGGAAUGGUAAAUGGCAUGGGCAAUGGCAUGGGCAACAACAAUCAUUUACAUCCAUAUUAUCAACUGACUGAUCAAGUGUCACCACGUCAACUGGCUCAACAACAAUUGAUCCAACAACUGCUGGAACAACAACAGCAGACCGCCCAACUGUUCAAACAACAACAAGAGUACCUAGCACAACAACAAAAGGCCCAAGAAGAGAAAGAGCGCAUCCUUCUCCAGCAGCAACAACAACUUCUUCUCCAACAACAACAACAACUGUUGCCAUCGUCCAAGGUUGACAUCCAGGUCAUCGACCCUCAGCCACAAGUUCAUAUCCAGAACCAGUCUCAGACUCAGUCUCAGGCCCCACAUCCACAAGUCACAAAGUUGGACCUUCAGCCCAAGACUGCUGUGAUGGUGACCAAGCAACCUCAGCCACAACAGCCGGUUGUUCAGAAGCCACAACAGCCGGCUGAGCCAGUGUUGAAGCAAGGCAAGUCACAGAAUGAUAUGAUGUCCAAGCAGUCAUCGUCCUCAGCCCAGCCAGCCAAGCAGAGUAUCCAACUCAAACAACAACUUCAACUCGAGUUGGACAGUCCACAUUUUGAGCCACCUCCUGCCCUCAUCAUUCGCAAGCCCAACGAGAAGUCAUCAUCAUCAUCAUCGUCCGCGCCACAACAACAACAACAACAACAAUCACACAACAACAAACAAUCAACAUCAGCAUCAUACUACGACAGACAACAACAGAUGUUCAACAACUUACAAGAUGAUGUGAUAUUGGAAGUUGAUGAGCAGGAGUUGGAGCGCGAGCUCAAUGGCGCUGAUCUGUUGGACGACGAGGAUCCAUAUGAUUUGGCCAAGUUCAGCAAGAAGGAUGUGGCAUUGAUCAAUGCCAAGUCCGAAGAAGGCAGUGUGCACACAUUCUCCGAAGAAGAAAAGGUAGCCUACUCCAAGUUCAUCUCUGAGAUCCUCUCCGACCAACAAUCCGGCCUGAGCAACUACAUCCCCAUCGACUCAUCCACCAACAUGUUAUUCACAGCCUGCAGUGAUGGUGUCCUACUCAAUAAACUGAUGGAGGCAAUGUUCCCCAGCCAAGUUGACUUGAAGGGAUUGGUGAUCAAGUUAAAGAUCAAUCCAUUCGAGAUGAUUGGUAACCAGAAUAUUGUGAUCAAGAAUGCAACAAAAGUUGGAUGUGUCAUCGUCAACAUUGGAGCUCAAGACCUCGUCAACGCCACACCCUACCUCGUACUCGGUAUCAUCUGGCAGAUCAUCAAAGCUGGACUAUUAUCCAAGGUCAAUCAGAAUGCCAAUGAGAUAUUGGAUAUAUUGUUUGAGGAAGAGGAUGAGGAUAUGAUGUUGGACUCGGCAAAUGGAAUGAUUCCAAGCAAGAGGAUGUUGCAUAAGGAUGGACACGAGCACUCAGCCGAACAGAUUCUAAUUCGUUGGGUCAACUUCCAUUUGGAGAAGGCAAAGUGCGCACGUGUCAUCUCCAACUUUAGCGAGGACAUCCAGGACAGUGUGGUCUACUCACACUUGUUCGCUCAGUUGGUGCCGCCCGAGUUUGCUCACCUGGUCAACAAGGUCCAGAGCGAGCCCAACCUGUUCACGCGUGCCGAGUACAUCACCGAGGCAUGUGGCAAGCUUGGUGUCAAGUGCUUCCUCACACCAUCCGACAUUGCCUUGGGCCACCCCAAGCUCAACUUGGCUCUUGUGGCAUCGCUCUUCAACUCUGAGGCGUCCAUUGCUGACAUGCGUCAACGCCUUGAAGGCGAGAAGAGUGAGCGCGACCGUCUUGAGCGCGAGAAGAUGGACCAGUCCGCCCUGGAGCGUGAGCGUCGCGAGUUUGAACGCCUGGCACGUGAGCGCGAGGAGCAAGAGCGUGCCGAGCGCCUGCGUCUCGAGCAGGAGCGCAAGGCCCAGGAGUUGGAGGAGCUGGAGCGUGCCGAGCGCCAGCGCGCCGAACGCGAGCGCCUGGAGCGUGAGAUUGCCGAUCUAGAGCGUGCCGAGCGCGAACGCAAGCGUGCCGAGCGUGAGAUGAUGGAGGAAGAGUGGGCCGAACGUGAGCGCGAGGAACGUGAACGCUACGAGCGCGACAAGGCCGACCGCGAGAGAUAUGAACGCGACAAGAUGGAGCAGGACGCUGCGACGCGCGAGCGCCGCGAGAACAACAAGGAGUUCAAGAUUGUGAUGCGCAUCCAGAAGCGCAUUACCGAGUCACCAGAGGUCUUUGAGAACCUGGACAAGCUAAAGGGUGAGAUCACCGAGCUCAAGCGCAACAUCAUUGGCGAGAUGCGUACGACUACUGGAAUGCGCGCCGACCUGCGUCGCCUGACCAAGACCAUCGAUGUCGUUCGCGAGAACCGCGCCGAGCGCAAGAAGUUGGCACAGAGACAGCACAAGCGUGUGCCACAGCCAAACAAGGGCGUGCCACCCCAGCUCAACGAGAUCAAGAUGAAGAACUACCAGAGCUUAUUCCACCACCUCCAGACUCAUCCCAAGCUGAUGGGUCGUGUUCUCUACCUGCUCAGCAGCAGCCAGUUGACCAAGACCUCGCAGAACGUCCUCCUGAGCAUGUUCCCAUUCGAGGUGUCCCCUCGCGAGGAGGAUCUCUUCCUCAAGUGUCUGAGCACUGCCCUGGACUACCAGAUGGCCGCGUCUGCCUGUCUCACUGACUUUGUUGCCGUGGACUCGGUGCCAACACAUCUGCUCUAUGGCUACUUCAAGAAGCGUGGCUACAAGUACCUGCAGGAUGUGAUCGCUCCAAUGAUCAGCAAGGUGCUGUCGACGCCAGAGCUCAACCUCAACUUUGACCCACUCUGGAUCAACAAGGAGUUGCAGAAUGAGAAUGUAAUCAAUCAUGGUGCAUCACACAAGCAUGGCGCCGCCGUCUCCAAGACACACGAGCAGGCGCUGGAGGACCCCAAGGUCGCAACUCUUCACAACAACCGUCUAGCCCAACUACUCGAGUUGGCCGAAGGUUUCUUUGAUCGCAUCGUUCGCUCAGUCGAUCAGAUCCCAGCUCAGAUCCGCUACAUGUGUCGCGAAGUCACUGAGAAAGCUCGCGUGGCUUAUGGUGGCAAGGGCGACCCCGACUUCCAGGUGCCAUACUACUGCUUCAUCUACCGUUUCGUUGCGGCUGUGAUCGCUUCGCCAGACUUGCUCAAUGAGUUGGUCCUCCAACAACAUCCAAUGAUCUCAUUCCAGCAACGCGCCAACCUGUCACUGAUCUCGCGCGUCCUUCAAUCAGCUUUCUCCAACACUGCUUGGCAACACACAUAUCAGACGCCCAAGAUCGCGUCCUGGAUUGACGCCCACAAGGAUGUCGCCGCCAAGUUCCUGUACACCAUCCCCGACGUACCAGAUCUCGACGACCUCGUCCACUUCAACGACUACAAUGACAUAAUGAACGAGAAUGGCAUCCACUUCUGCACAGUUAUCGGACUGUCCGAGGUGAUCUGGAUGCACGAGACCAUCGCCAGCGUGUUCUACGACCUGGUCAAUUGCCGCUCCCUCUCCUUUGAGGAGGUACGCAUGAGUGAUACUCGUUCCAGUUUGUCUGAUCGCUACUCGACCAACGGCGCGCAGACACGCCGCUCAACACUGCCAACUAUCAAGUCCAAGAGCGACGACGACGAGCUUGAUGGCGGAUUGGGCCGCCUUCAGACUAUUCUGAACCGUCUAGAAUCACCUCUGAUGCUGCCAGAGCAAGGUGAUCGCGUCAUCCAACUGACAUUCAUCAAUCACCAGGCACCAGGUGGUGACUCGUCGGACAGCCAUCACCGCGAUCAGUUCAAGGAGGCAAAGCGAUGGAUGAUCGACAUCCUCGCAAAGACUCCAUCACCUCGCAAGGACGUCAACACAAUCAAGAUCCUACAGGACGCCAUUGUCUUCUGCAAGUCUCAGAACAACACAGCUGAGAACAUGUCACUCGUGGCCAAGUGUGACCAGCUCAUCGACCGUCUACGCACAUUCCGCCAGGAGUUGGUCAGCAGCGAGCCACAUAUAUUUGACAUCUUCUUGCUGCAGGUCGAGAUGGAACUAGAGAUGAUCCUUCGCAAGAACAAGUUGAUGCGUAGCGAGCUCACCCGUCUCUACAGUCUGCUCAAGGCCACACGUGUCGAGUCCGCGCCACUACAGGAGUUGGUCAAGUUCCAGGAGGGUCAACUUGCCAAAGCCGUCGCCAAGAAGCAACUCAAGCAUAUGGAGCGCAAGAGUGAGGUGAAGAUCAAGCCGGUCAAGCAGACAUUGCUAGAGCUGGUCAAGCGAGGAGUAGUGGUCAGCAGUGAGGUGCCAGAGGCGGCAUUUGGAAAGACAAACGUAACAAUCAAACCAGUUGGCUAUGGAAUCUUUGAGAUAGAGGCACGUCUUGGCACAGUGUCCAAGACAGUCGUUCUGGAUCUGGAUCGUCUGUUGGAGUUUAGCAAGCAUCACGUCGAUGAGUUCCCACUUGAGGGUAUUACCCUGGAUGUCAACGUGACCAUCCAUGUACUAAAGAAACAAUUCAACCUUAUUUAA